UAAUCCCUCGAACUGUGAGCCACACAACUCUCCCCAAGACCCAAAACUCCACCUGCAUCUUUCUUCGACUCAUCCCUUUUUCCCUUUUAUCUUUUGGUAUUUUUCCUCUCCCUUCCCUCUUUAAUUAAAAUCUUCUAUGUUUGCUGCACAAGCCAGCUGAGAAUACAGUUGAGACCCCCAUUAAUGAAUGACACCCCUCUACCUAUCCGUCGUUUUGCCAAUCCCAUCCUUGGCCCCCUUCUGCUCUGUCCUCCCCUGCUUUAGCAGUUCCAUCAUUCAACCCCCAUCCCCUGCAUGUGCUUCCUGCCAUUAUUCUUUAAUGGCCUGCAUUCAUCCCCCCACCUGCAAUUUCAUGCCCCCCCUCCAUUUUUAUACCCUCCCCCCCUCCUCCUCCUUCCCCAUUCCAUCUCCUACUAUAAUCCCACUCCUCUGUUUUUCUCUCUCUGCACUCCUCUGUUUUUCUCUUUCUGUGAUCGACUACCAUGGCCACUCUUUCUUCAUCUGUUUCUUCUUCUCUUUCUUCCUACUACCAUCUCUUCUUCACUGCUACAGCUUUUCUCCUAUCCAGUUUGAUCUUUUUUCUCUCCCGGAAAGCCAAAUCGAAGCGCAGGUUCAAGCUCCCUCCGGGGCCUCCUGGCUGGCCGGUCGUCGGCAAUCUCUUCCAAGUCGCCGGCUCCGGCAAACCCUUUUUCCAGUACGUGAAGGGCCUGCUUCCCAAGUACGGCCCAAUCUUCACUCUCAAAAUGGGGACCCGAACCAUGAUCGUCAUCAGUAGCGCGGAGCUGGCCCACGAAGCACUCGUCCAAAAGGGCCCCGUAUUCGCGACCCGGCCCAGAGAGAACCCGACCCGGAACAUCUUCAGCAACAACAAGUUUACCGUCAACGCCGCCGUCUACGGCUCCGUGUGGCGGUCCCUGCGGCGGAACAUGGUGCAGAACGCCCUCAGCGCCACCCGCCUCAAGGAGUUCCGCAUGGUCCGAGACGCCGCCAUGGACAAGUUCGUGAACCGGCUCCGGGUCGAGGCGGAUUCGGCUGGAGGAGCGGUUUGGGUCUUAAAGAACGCCCGGUUCGCCGUGUUCUGCAUUCUCCUGUCGAUGUGUUUCGGGCUGGAGAUGACCGAGGAGAUGAUCGACCAGAUGGACCAGAUGAUGAAGACAGUUUUGAUUACUCUAGACCCGAGACUGGACGAUUAUCUCCCAAUCCUUAGCCCAUUAUUUUCGAAGCAACGAAAGAGAGCCUUGGAAGUUCGUAAAAAGCAGAUCGAGACACUGGUACCCUACAUCGAGAAACGCCGGUCGGUUCUGAAAAACCCAGGCUCGGACAAAAUGGCGUCGUCGUUCUCCUACCUCGACACUCUCUUCGCUCUCGAAAUCGACGGCCGAAAAGCGUCAUUGAGCCACGGCGAGAUCGUGUCGCUCUGCUCGGAAUUCCUCAACGGCGGGACCGACACCACGGGAACGGCGAUCGAGUGGGCCAUCGCGCGGCUCCUCGACAACCCCCGGAUUCAGGCGAAGCUCUACGAGGAGAUCCGGACGACGGUCGGCGAUCGCCGGAAGGUCGAGGAAAAGGACCUGGAGAAGAUGCCGUAUCUGAACGCGUUCUCGAAGGAGCUCCUGCGGAAGCACCCGCCAACGUACUUCUCGCUGACGCACGCAGUGGUCGAGCCGGCUACGCUGGGGGGGUUCGACAUCCCGACCGACACAAACGUCGAGUUCUUCCUGCCGGGGAUCUCGGAGGACCCGAAGAUAUGGUCCCACCCGGAGAAGUUCGACCCGGACCGAUUCCUGUCAGGCGGGGAGGACGCGGAUAUAACGGGUGUCAGCGGGGUGAAGAUGAUGCCGUUCGGGGCCGGCCGAAGAAUAUGCCCGGGGCUGAGCAUGGCGACGAUCCAUAUCAAUCUGAUGCUGGCGAGAAUGGUGCAGGAGUUCGAGUGGAGCGCGUGGCCGGAGAAUGGGAAGGUGGAUUUCAGCGAGAAGUUCGAGUUCACGAUGGUGAUGAAGAAUCCUCUUCGAGCUAUGAUCAAACCCAGGGUAUGAUAAAUAAAUUAUAAUUAUAAUUAAAUAUAUACAUAGAUAUCAAUGAUUUUUAAUUUGAGGUUUUCGUACAGAAAAAUACGGACUUCUCUAUGUUCGUAUUUUAGCAUUUUUUUUUUUUUCUUGAAUUACGCCGUGUGACUGUGGAUGUUGUGUGUGUUUAUGGUUGGUGAAAUUUGGUAAUGCACUUUGGUAAUUAUGUUUAGCA